GCAUCUUCAAAGCAGACCCUGGCGGGGUUGUCUAGCCACUGUUUACUAAUUAUUUUUGGGUCUCCCAUUUUUGGAUCUUCCUUUAGUCUUCAUCCUUUCUUUCUGCGUCACCCUUUAUCUGUUGGCGUCGCUCUCGUAUAUUUUCUUCUUCUCAUCGAACCGCCACCGCCCCGUCGAAUGCGACCCUUGUCGAUUUCUUUGUUCCGAUUCUAUGCACAAUCCCUGUGUGGAAGGCUACUCAACUGAGGAAACUUAAUCGUCUGUUUAAUGAAUGUCGAACUUGAUCUGCACUGUGGCUUGCGAUUACUGGUGGAUCUGCGAUAGCGCCGAGGUCGAUACAGAACGGCACGAGACAUAGUUCAACUGACCCCAAGCAUAUUCGAGCAGUACUGUCUUGAGUGCGCCAGUUUGAGACUUGACCAGACACAAUGCCCUUGGACGAAGAAGGCGCCAAGUGGUCAUGCGAACCAUGUAUUCGUGGCCAUCGUUCCUCAAAAUGCCAACAUUUCGACAGAUUGAUGAUGAAGGUGCCGAAGGCCGGACGUCCCCUUGCUAAAUGUCCCCAUCCGAAAGGGACAUGUAGCUGCCAAAAGACUUAUGCAUUUAUGAUCCGCAUCCCAAAAGGCUCUACGUGUCUCUGUAGACCGGUAUAUCAAGUGCCUGUGGACUCGAAUGAGUCCACACCACCCACUCCGACUGCUCUUCCCCCUACAGCUUCACCCGCUCCUGGUAAAAUCCAGAAGUCAUCUAGAAGGCAAAUCAAAACUGCCCCCGAGAGCAUUGCGAAAGCCCUAGAUUCUAUACCAGACUUUGGGAAACAACAUCACGAAAACGGCACUUCUAGCCAUGUCUCCCCUUUUAUGUCUCAAGAUUCCGGGCUCGGAACCAUGGGAAACAGUCUUCCUCAGAGUAUCGGUGGUGCACCUAGCAAUUUCAUACCUCAUCAGACCCUCAACAAUGGCGACGACUCAAAACCGCCAGGUGGAAGCUGUUGUUCUCAAAAAUCUCAACCACCAGUGCAAACCAAGCCUCAAGCUUCUUGUUGUAAGAAGCCUGAAAGUACCACGCAAAAUGGCCACAGCACAGAACGUACAACCGAGGGAUCGAGCGCCCCCUACACGCCUUCUUUGAAUGCGACUUCCUUUACACCCAUAUCUACACCUCAGAUUCCUUCGUGGCAGGAUUUCAAUGCAGCCGGACAAAACCACUACUACCAACCGUUUGUGUCGCACCAGCAACCGACUGGGCAACCCACAUAUGUGCCCGACUAUUCGUUACAUACAUCACCCAAGGCUGUUGCCAUGAGCUUCCCCCAUCAAAGCAUUACCAACACUGGUCUCACCCAAUCUUUCGUUCCGCAUGAUCCUAAUAAUUCUGGCUAUAUGGCACCGACAACUCUCAACAGCGAUCCAACCCACAAUUGCAGCUGUGGUGAUAAUUGUCAAUGCCUGGGCUGUGCUUCCCAUCCAUUCAACAAUACAACAAGGCAGCAUGUUCAAGAAAUGGGCCUUUUGGUUGCCUUUGACGGCGAGAACAGGGGCGUGGAAAAGAUGAACGGUUACCAGACUCCCUCUUUACACGGUAGACAACAUAGCGCUACUCAACUGGAUUAUUCCUAUCCGAACUUCAGCCAUGCCUUCAAUAAUGGCGCACAGAAUCUGAUGAUGCAUUCCUAUGGUGAACAGAACCCAACCUCACGCAUACUUGGGAAUGGAUAUUCGUCUCCACCAGCUGAAUACCUCUCAGAUCAACAGUUUAUGGAACCUUCAGAGUAUUACACUCUUGAAUAUCCAGUGGGCUUGCCAUCUGGCUGCUCUGAUGUGACGGGAAAUUGUCAGUGUGGAAAUGAUUGUAGCUGCGUUGGCUGUCUCACGCACAGCGGACACAAUGGUCUUUCGCUUGAACCUGUUACUACCGAGACCAGCAUGUCUCCCAUUGGCCCCGUGACGUCGUCGGACAACCCAGGCAUCGGUGUGUCUGGGAUACAGGCUUUGAACGAGAUUAGCGUUCCAUCGACAUCCCCCAUGCUGUGAAGCUUUCCCCAUCUCAAAUUACCCUUUGCCGCAGGUGUUUCUGCAUUAUUUAUUCUUACGCCGCGUUUCGUCUUCGGCCGACCGUUUAUCAUGAUACCCCAAAAUAGAUGCUGGACAUUAGAUUUCUUACGCUCCCAGUCUUCGUGUACAGUUAUUUUCCUUUAAUUUUCUGGGCUACGUAGUCAACACAUACAUCAGUACAUCCCCUCUCUUGUCAUUACCCGAUUCCUUCUUGCGACUGCCUUCAUCGAGUUCCCCAGAGAAUACCCAUGCGGUGGAUCUCACAUUUUUCACGAUCUAGUGUCGUCCGGACAUGGAAUAGCUUUGAUAUAACAAUGCAGUUUCGGAUAUAUUGGCCUCAUCACAUCCUUACAUAGCUCCCUCUAGCCUUUACAUGUAGUCGUAAUUGAAGGUACUUUGGCUACACCGGCUU